ACUGGCUCUGCUGUCAACAUCUUUAAAUUUCUAAAGAUGACUCGGGCAAUGAUGAGCAGCUGUUUUAUCACUCUGACCAUCCUGUUUGUUUGGCGUGUUCAGGAAGUGGCAGAAGCCUGCACCUGUGAUGGUCCUGAUCCUCAGGAGGCUUUCUGCAACUCAGAUGUUGGUGUUCAAAGGCCCUAACUGGGAUAUUGAUGCUCUCUACACUCCCCUGUCCUCUGCAGCAUGUGGAGUCUUUCUGACCACUGCAAAAGCGUAUCUUAUCACAGGUUGGCUGGAAGCAGACGGGACAGUGCGCAUCUCUCUGUGUGGCUUCAUUAAGCCGUGGAAAGACUUGAAUGCCAAGCUGCGGAGAAUGGUUCGGGACAACRAACACUACUGUAGCUGAACACAGAUCCAUAAUGUUUCUGAAAUGGUCUAUUAAAUAAAAAUGAGGCGUA